AUGCCUAGAAAGAAGUCUGCCGCUAAAAAAGCCAAAGAAAAUGCUGCGAAAGCUGGUUCUGAGACUCGCACAGCGGACGUGAGUUCAGAUUUGAAGAAGCAGACCUCGUCAAAAACUCAACAGAUUGAAAAACAGCCAGCCCAAGCUGACGAUAGUGAUACGGAAGAGUCAAGCUCGGAGGAAGAAGAUGAUUUCGGUGAACUCGUGACAGAAGAAGUCGAAGAUGGGUUUAAACAAGUGUUGGCCGCCAUUAAAAAUAAUGAUCAAACACUGUUUGACCCGUCAGUUCGUUUUUUCGAAGACCCGGAAAAGGCUACAGCUGAACUGGCUAAACAACGCAAGGAGAAACCUGUUUUCUUGAAAGAUUAUCACAGGAUGAAUAUUUUAGCGGGAGAGACGUUCAAGGACGAUGACGACCACACCAAAGAAAUGGAAACCGUGGACGGCAAGCAGUCGUUUGUGUCUGAGCAGAAAGAAGGGAAAUCUAAACUUUUGAAUGAAAUCAAUGACCAGUUCCAACAGGACGGUGAUGAUGAUGACGACUUCUUGGUUAAAAAAGAACCCGCGCAACGUAAAAGUCGUAUAGAAACCUCUCUUCCAAACCCAGAAGAAAACGACGAAGAGUUUUUACAGGCCUUUGUGAGCAAACAUGCCUGGGUGCCACAACAAGGCGAUAAAGAGAUAAAUCUAGAUGAUCCAGGUAUGCAAGAUGAUGAGGAGUUCGAGGACGCAGCUGAGGAAUUCGAAAAUGCAUACAACUUCCGUUACGAGGAUCCUAAUGCGGCAGAAAUUGUAUCUUAUGCCCGUAAUCAAGCGACUUUGAGAAGAGGUACCGACAAUACGCGUAGACGUAAGAGGGAUGAAGAAAAGAAGUUGGUGCAAGCUGAAAAGAAGGAGAAGGAUACUCAGGUUCAGAAAAAGAAGACCGAAAAGGUCAACAAGCUCACUGAUGUUUUGGAACAGGUUAAAAAAGAAUAUGGGGCUGAUAUAGACGAAGCAAUGGUUAAGAAACUUACUAGCUCUCUGAUAAACGGAGACUUUGAAGACAAUCAAUGGGAUGCGGUCGUUAGUGAACUUUUUAACGAUGAAUACUACAACCAAGAAAGCAAGCCUACGUGGGACGAGAAUGAUGAAAUAAUGGGGGACUAUUAUCAGAACGAAGACGAAAGGGACGAGGAAGAGUUGGAUAACGAUGAAGAGCCUCCAAGUAAGAAAAGGUCAAGAAAGGAAAAGAAGCAAGAUAAGUCAUCGCAGAAGAAGGAAAAGAAAAAGAUAUCAGAGAUGGUUGAAAAAGCUGUCGAUAACGAAAAGCUUGCAAUCGUGGAUCAGGUAGAGGAAGAGAGAAAAUCUCGUUCACGAACAAAAGAUGACGAUGGACUGAAAUUCCGAUACAGAGAGGUAUCGCCAGAGUCGUUUGGACUUUCUCACAGAGAGAUUUUCGCUGCCGAUGAUACAGAUCUCAAUGAGUUCAUUGGUCUCAAAAAGUUCGCGCCUUACAGAGCCAAAGAGCUACGGGCUAAAGAUCGCCGUAAGGUCACCAAAAGCCGACGCGUAAGAGAAUGGAGGAAAAAGACGUUUGGCAACGAAGAGCCGCUGGAGGAUGUUGAAGGCCAACCAGUCUUAAACAAGAAGAAAAAGCACUCCAAGAAGUCAAACAGAAGUCACGUUGAAUAG